GGCGGGCGGACAGUGAUGGCGGCAGGCGAUGGGGACUUGAAGCUCGGCACCCUGGGCGGCGGCAGUGAUAGUAGUAGCAGCAGCAGCGGCGGCGGGGGCGGCGGCGGGGAGGCCGGCGGCGAGGCGCCGGCGGGCGGCGCGGAGGAGGGCGGCGGCGGCAGCGGCGGUGGCUGGACGCUGUGGCCCGCGGGCGGCGGCAGCAGCGACGGCAGCAGCGGCGGCGAGAUGCUGCUGAACGUGCUGCUCGUGCUGCUCGUGCUGCUCGGGGCCUACCGGCUGUGGGUGCGCUGGGUCCGGCGCGGGCUGGGCGCGGGCGCCGGGGCUAGUCCGGACAGCCCAGCCGCCUCGCUGCCGCGCAUGAAGAAGCGCGACUUCACCCUGGAGCAGCUGCGCCAGUACGACGGCACGCGCACGCCGCGCAUCCUGCUCGCCGUCAACGGCAAAGUGUUCGACGUGACCAAAGGCAGCAAGUUCUACGGGCCCGUGGGACCAUAUGGAAUAUUUGCUGGUAGAGAUGCCUCCAGAGGACUAGCAACAUUCUGCCUAGAUAAAGAGGCACUCAAAGAUGAAUACGAUGAUCUCUCCGACUUGAAUGCUGUACAGAUGGAAAGUGUUAGAGAAUGGGAAAUGCAGUUUAAAGAAAAAUAUGAUUAUGUUGGCAGACUCCUAAAACCAGGGGAGGAACCAUCAGAAUAUACAGAUGAAGAAGAUACCAAGGAUCAUAAUAAACAGGAUUGAACUUUGUAAACAACCAAAGUCAGGGGCCUUCAGAACUGCAACCUCUUUUAAUUCCCUUUCACAGAAUGUCCUGCAUCUUUGGGUUUGGUUCAUCUGCUGCGAGAAAAAAACAAAACAUUCAACAGAUUUUGUACAAGAAAAUGUGUAGUCUUGCUAUGGAGCUUUGACUGCUAGACAUCAUUCGUGCUGCCAAACAUUUGUUGGAGUCGUCUGUGGCAUCCAGUGUGGCUGCGUCACUAAAGAGACGGGGGCAGGGAUUUUAGAAGGUGUAACAAAAUCACACAGCUGUUCCUCUUUGGUGAAUCACAGACACCCAGUAGCAUUUGCUACUCUGGAAGUGUGCCGGUCUCUCUGAAAAACAGCAUGGAUAUGUUUUUUUAUGUGCUGUAUUUUUGUUUCAGCCUUGAGGGAAAACUUUUGUGUACAUCCAUCCGUUUGAGUAGUUGGCCUACUGAAACAUUAAAAUGUGAAUUUCCAAACUUUUGUCAUAGAGGUGUUACUAGCUCUGGCAAAAAAAAAUAAAUAAAUAAAUAAACAAAUAAAGAGAACAACACUUCAGUCCUAAGAAACCUUGGCAGAUUAGAAGGGGGAGAUCAAGGUUAUCCUUUUCCCAGGUGGAUUUAUGUCAAAACUAAUUUCCCAGCAUCAAGAAUCCCGAAGCCAGUCUUUACCCCUUUCUUCAAAUCAAUAUGAAUUGUGCCUUAUUUCAUUUAGGUAGACAUGGAUUGUUAUAAGGAGAACCCUAUUUGUGAUGUCAGAAGUCACUACAAACAGCGUUGAGACUGAAGUUGAGAAUGUUGUGUUGACUGGAAACCUUGAUGUCAUUCUGUGUGCAUAGAAUGUAUAAAGGGAUAUUCAGUGUUACUGCCAUAUCUGUUAAUGUACAUGAACUUAAUUAAUUAGCAUUGCAAUGGCCAAAUACACCAUCCAUGAUCUCUUUUUAAAAAAACAAAACAAAACAAAAAGGAACCUCCCUAUCCCCCAAGCAGCUGCCUAACCAUGGGAGGCCAGCCCUUGGUUCUCCUGAUGGUGUGAGUGUGCAGGGGGCGGUUGUGUGGCUGGAUGUCUGCAAGUAUGUCUGUCUCAGUGAGAGUGCUGGUGUGCGUGUGUUGGUGUGUGUGUGUGUGUGUGUGUGUGUGUGUGUGUGUGCGCGUGCACGUGUGCAUGCAUGAGAGAGGGCCUCAGAAGGGGCUGCUUCUGCAGAUGUUGUAAAUACAAAUGUCAUUUUAAUAAAGCAUGUACAAUAAACCAAA